AUGUUUGGCUCCCGCUCCCGCAGGCAUCGCGCAUUGAACCCGCCUCUCACAGCGGCAACCGCAAACCCCGAAGCUGCUACCGCCGCCGCCACCGUUUUCAGACGCCAUGAGUCGAAUUCUUCCUUGUCGGCCUCUGCCGCGGCCGCUGCCCUCCGCGCGCGGCCGACCACGCCAACUCGCGUAGCCGAUGUCCAGACGAAACGGACGAUGCGACGGAGCGCCCUGUCUCUCGACGACGAUCCGCCCCCGCCCGUCCCGGCGCUGCCCCGAGAUAUGGAUGCUGUGACAUCGGGGCAGGCCGGUCGGUUUACCAACAACAUCCGCAUGAGUAGUACCCCGGUGCGGCUCGCCUCCCAGAAGCUUGCUUCAGGGGAUGCGCCAUCCUGGUUUGGCGCCGCGAGGCUGGGAGACCUUGGGAGUGUGCGCAGGACAGAUCCGGCAAUGGCUAGCCCCCCGUCGAGCCCGCUGCCGGUGGUGGCGCGGGAGGAGGAUCAGCCGGAGGGAGUACGGCCGGGCAGUCAGGCCUCUUCCAUCAAUUUCUCCUACCCGACGCGGACGAGGCGGGGUUCUACCACCGUCUUGCCAGCCGCCGAGGCGAGCUCAACUACCCAGGCAUCAUCUCAGACGGACCCGGCGCCGGUAGCACUUCGAGACCAUCAACUAUCAACAACACGGACGACCAAACAUCCACCGCCAACGAGGCAAUCCGCCGCGCCAUCGACAAGAGGACAGCCCAACCCCACUUCCGCAGACCAGGAGCUGGUGUACGAUGCGAAUUCGCGGAGGAUGGUACGGCAGGCAGAUCUGCUCGCGGUUGAACAUGCUCAGCAAGCUCUGUUGUCCGGCAUCUCAUCGCAACCGACAGGGCCCAAGAAGAAGAGAACUCCGCAGAGGGCUGGUUCGCAUCUGGCUGCGGGUACAAUGAGCCGCGCCGACGCCGAAACAUGUCGCACUUCCUCCGCCGCGAAAGCCCAGCCCUCGAACCUUGCGUCCCAGGAUCAGCCGCAGCCUUCUGCGCGACCACGACAGCCAAAGGGACCAGGCCGGCCCCAGGGCAGCCAAAGGGAUGCUGAGGAAUAUCCGGAAGACUUGGUCGCGGGUCCUCCAAACCCGAUAACAGAGAAGAAGCUCGGGCAGCCGCCCGCCGAAAAGGCCGUCGAUCAGGCCCGUACCAGUUCUCGGGCUGUCACCAGUCCGGCGGCCUCGGUUGUUCCAGACGGGGCACAGUUCUUCGUGAGGAGACAGCCUUCUGUGAUUCAGGAGAAGCAAGAACCAGAAGAGGCCAAAGGCGAAGAGAGAGGCCAGGCGAUCACCCUAGAUGCUCUUGAUGCGGUACCGUCGUCGCGGCAGAGAGCGCAGACCGGGGUUGUUGCUGUUGCUCAGGAAGCUCGCGUACCCAUGACGCCGCCGCAAAAUGUCAGCGCGGCGACGAGGCGCCCUUUUGGACAUCACUCAGCCAGCCAAGUCGACCAGAAUGCCAGGCUUGACCUGGUUGAUAUCUCCAACGACAGGAAGCCCCUGUCCGACGCGACGGAGCAGGGGAGGGUUGCGCACGCCUUGCGUCAGCGGACGCAUUCCAACAGCCCUAUCCGGCAGGCCCAUUUCGGCCCUGUGCAGGAUAGUCUGACGGUCAAGCACUCCCCUCCGCCCCGAUCGAGCUCGCCGCGCAAGUCGGCUAUGAAACAAACCAACCCGCCCGAGUGCACAUCGCCCUCUGACGACACUUCGGAGAUCUCCGGGAGCGCCGGCCAAGAGGCCCCUGUGUCACGCAAGAAGUCUGUACGGGUUAGCUUUGAUGACAACGCUAAAGAGGGGGCGGAUGGACCGGCCUCUAUCAACCAGAAUGGCUCGCCGUUGACCACCAGGCCGCCGUGUUCGGACCGCCACAGUUGGCUGGGCAACAAUGCCCGCAAUCAUGUAUCGGCGCCAUUUGACGAUGACUUUGUGAUGAUGCCGCGGCCAGCUCUGCCCAGUUUUGGCAGCGUGAGAGGCAGGAAGCCUCGCGACACGGGCACAGAGGAACUCGAGCGACCACUCGUCCGGCCCAAAGGAGAGACGAGAUAUUCUGCACCAACACCGCUGCUUCCCAGCCCGCCGCUGGGCGCAAGUAGCGAUCACGCCCUCGGCACAGUCUUGUCCACAGAUGCUGCAGGGGCCGAGAAAACGAGCGGGAUCCCCCAAGACACUCUGCAGCAUAGGGAGCCAUUGCCGCCCAUCGUUACCAGCGUGGAAGGCACAGGCUACUUUAGUGACACUUCUGAUACCAGCUCAUUGCUCAGUUCCGAGUUCGAUCCGCAUCCAGCCACUCCACCGAGGCAAGUGGCAGAACCGCGCUCCGAACCGCCGGCAGGUCUGCCAACCGAGGAGCACAAAGCACCCGCCGAGAACUCAACGACAGGUCCGGGGAGCGAAGUGGUCUCGCCUCCGGUCGUCGCCUCCGUGCGGCGGCAGGACGCGUUGGAGGGGAAGCCGCAGAUACCCGAGAUAUCCAUUUCGCAGCCGACACCUCCUGGCACAGGGAAUGGCUCAUCUGUGCAAUAUUUUAUGGAUCUUCCCGGAGGGUUUCCCAAUGAUGAUUCGGGCCAGUCAGUUCCCUCAGCCGACAAGGACAACUCGGGCGACGCAACCGUCAUCGACCCGGCUGAGACCACUCAGCAAGAUGAGCACCUUGAACGCACGCCUCAACCCCCUGCAGCGGAGAGUUCGAGCGAUUCAGAUAGCGAGAUCUACAGCGAUGCUUACGAAGACCUCUCAGAAAUCGAAGGCGAAGGGUUUCAGUCACUCGAUGCCGUCUUGGAAAGCCCACUUCAGCAAAGCCCUCGUCCAGCUUCCCAGCCUGAACGGGUCCCCAAAGAAGCCCCAACCCAGGUCUCGACAGAAGCUCCAAACCAGGCAGCCCCGGGAGGAAUGCCUCAACCCCAAACAGGAGCUCCUUCGGCAACAACCGCCGUCCAGUCACCGCCCGCACCGGACCCUCAGGACGACGAUUGGGGAAAAGCAAAGGCAUUCUGGAGAAGCCUCACGGCCGAGAAACGUGCCUUGCUGGAGAAGGAGGCCUUGGAAGAGGCAGGAACCAAAGGAGAGAAAGAAGAGGAACAACCCGAGACGAGACCGGAGAAGGAGACGGUCGAGCGGAGAGAUUCUGAACGGAAAGCGUUGGCCGCCCAGAUGGCGCAGCAAAUGAUGGCACAACAAAAACCAGUGAGGCAAGCGGACCCAGACCGCACCUAUAUGAUCAAGCCCGGCGAGCGGUGGGCAGGAGAGGGUGAUCUGGCAAUUCCAGCCAUGCGGAAGAGCAUGCGUGACGAACCGUGCCAGGAGACUCCAGUCGCCCCUAUCGCAGGGUCGCGUCUACGGAAGUCAAUGCGUGCGAACGGUCUGAACGCGAGCAACCAUGAGAACCGACCAACGGAAGCACGAACACCAUCCAAGCGACCGGAGUCAUACCCCGCCGCCCUCGCUGUUCCUGCUCCAAAGACAGGAGGACAUCGCAGGUCGGCGACACAAGUAGAGGUUAUCCAACCCUCUCUCGGGAGACGGAGUUCUACGGGGAGCGAAAGCAGCUUUAAACGGUCGCGGUCCAGCAGGAAGCAGGGUUUCGGAUUUCGUCAGUCUCUGAGACCAACAUCCCCCCCGUCAACCGUAAGCGAGGAUCAUGCCGCCAAGAGGUUCUCGUUGAGGGCCCCGUCCCCCGGGAGCUCCGUCUCUUCCCCAGCGUCUCGAAUGCGCACUACGCUACGUGGCCCCUCCACCGGAAAACAAACGUCGUCUCAUGGUAUCCGAUUGCCCAGCUUCAGCCUUCCGUACGGCGGGGCCAAGAAGAGUGGUCGAAAGGGUCCUAAACGGGAAGUACGCCCGAGCCGGCUAGCCGAUUCAAGCGAUGAAGAAGGGGACGAUGCUGCCUUCGGAUCAGGCUUCCGGAGUCGCUUCGAGGACUCGAGCGAUGACGACGAACCUGUCGUGCCGAUCCCCGCCUCGCGUGCAUAUCCAGUCUCCGGCAACCGACACCUGCGCAAGGAAAGCUCCGUCGCGAGCACCGCCCUGCCGGAGGAGCUGGAAGAGAGCAGUGAAGGAUCCCAAGGCCCCAGCGGGGGAGCAGCGAUACAGGAGGAGCGCCAUGGCAAUGCCGCCGCCUGCCCAACGUCGCCGAACGGCACAGCGAGGAACACCCUCCGCCGCGCCCGCUCCGGAAAGGGUCAACUGCUCCCCGCCUCGAAUCACCCGCCCUCCUCCGCCCUUCCCUCCCAACCCAAUGGCGACAGCAAGAACGAAGCCCCCCGCAGCUCGCGACGGAAGAGCAUCCUCUGGUCGGUCCUGCGGCCCCUCCGCCGCAGGCGGGACAGCGGCACCACCACCACCACUACUACCACUACUACUACUACUAACAAGAUCGUCCGGCCCGAGAUCAGCGAGAGCGCGGCGCGGCGGGAUACCAGGCUGGAACGCAGCGUCGACGAGCUCGAGACGAUCCGGAGACGCGGCCAGGGGGGCGACGACGACGACGACGACGACGACGACUUCGACUUGGAGGAGACGGAGAACGAGCGCGAGGACGGGCAUGAUGGGGCGGCGCUGCCGUCGUCGCGCAGGAGCCCGCGGUUGCAGAAGCGCUGGAGCAGCAGCGGUCGUCGCGCUUCGUGGGUCGGCGUGCCGUCCAAUGGUGGUGCCGGCGCCGACACCGGCGCCGGUGUCGCCGCAAUCGACAUGCUCAUAAACGGCGAUGGGGAUGAUGGGGGUGUCGGCGCCUUCGGCCCUGCGCAGCAUCAGCAGCUGGCGAAGCGCGCCACCGGCAGCUCAUUAUCUGGUAGCCUGGGUACCAGGACGCUCUGCGGCGGCGGCGGCGGCGGCGGCGGGGGGUUCUUUCAUCUCCACCCCCGGCGAAGAGCCGCAUCUAUGGGCAUGGACGUUGGCAGUGGCGGUGGUCGUGUUGGUCGUGUUGGUGAUGGUGGUGGUGGUGGUGGCGGUGGAGGAAGUGUGGAUGGGUCUGUUUUGGAGGGCAGCCUGGCGGGCGCGUCUUCAACGACGAGAAGGAAGAGACUCGGCGCGUUGAGGAAGAUGCUGCGCCUUAAUGAUUAACUCGGGGUAAUGGAAGACUGGAGUCAGCUCUUGUCUGGCGCAGGGACAAAGGGAAAAGUUUAAAUCGUGAGUUGCGCGGUAGGGAAGAGGUGGAGCUCGCGACAGUUAAAUCGCCCGGAACUUCAAUCUCGACAGGAGAUACAACACCAUUCAGGCAAGAAAUCGUUUUAGCACGCGUAUAUACCCCAUUGUUGGAAAGGAAAGUCUGGAUCUCAUCUGUCUUGCGGGAGAGAGCUGUCGACAUGAAUUUUUACACCAUCAACAAUUGCAAAUCAGUUUGCAAG